AUGACUGUGAAGCACAAGUGCUCGUUGCCAGUGGACAAGAGCUUGACAUCCUUGGCCCCGCACUCCGUGAUCGUGAUCGACGAAGAUUAUGAGAUACGAAAUUAUCUCCUGGACUGUGCAGCUGGGGUGAGCAGGGCGGUGGCCACAACCACCCGGGACCAAGGGACGCAGACGGGAGCACGGCCGCCCGUACUGGUGCGCCGACUGCUGGGCAGAGCACGAGCACGGCGGUUCACGCGCCUCUCUCUGCGACGACAGCAGCAGCAGCAACAUCCGCAGGGGCGGAAGCAGGAACGGUCGCCGGCAAAACCCGCCGGAGCGGUAGGACGAUCGGGCGAAGCUCCGGGCUCGUCUCCUCCAGUUGCCGAGGAUUGGCAGCGCUGGCAGAGCUGUUGCGUGGCAUCCAUGCUGAUGGUGCCAGUGGAAGGCAACAGCACGCCUUCUGGAGGGGAACCGAACCAAUCACCGUCCUUGUCCAUCAGGAGUCAUGAAUCAAGCUCCCAACUGCUGGAUGCCAUUCGUCCAUGCUCCGUCGAGCUUCUCCGCCUGACAGAGAAGGAAAUCGUUCGGUGGCAGCAUCGGCGAGAGCCGGAGGGUCGCCGGAGGUGGAGUCUGCGGGAUCUGGACAAGCCCGGCCAGAGUGUUGCUGCCCCGGACAUGUCCGAACCCAAGAAGCAACGCCGGAAACGUGGUCUUUCGACGGACAGCAGUGCCAGUUCACAACGAAGUGCUUCGGCUGGCAGAAGACGUGCUGCCCCUGUGAACUCUGUGUUGCCUCGCUCUGAGCGAUUUACAAAUCUGGAAGCCCGCUCAGUGGAGCCAGCUCACCGGACUCGUCGUGUUUCUUACAGCUCUGCGUCGGAGGACGGCCAGAUGUUGAACAAACAUGCAAAUUCCAGGACUGGGAAAGCCAGCAAAAGAGUUAAAGUGGCAGCUGAAUCUUCCACCAGUGACCGGACAUUAAGAGAGAGGGAGGCGGGUGAGAAAGCUGAUAAGGGUCAGGCUGGGGAAGCUGUGACAGACGCUGGAAAUGAUGCAGAGUCUCCAGCCUUCUCUGCGGCUGUGGCUACUGCCGACCUCGGCACGGAGCUUAGUGUACCGCCUGUUGAGAAACGUGUUUCACAUUCACGAAGAGAAAGAAAGCUGUCGUCAAAGCGUCACCUUGCAGUUGAAGUAAUUGAAUCUGUACCCAAUUCUGACGCGUCAUCAUCAUCAUUGUCACCAACGUCACACCUUGUAAACAGGUCCAGUGAUCCCGAAGGGAGUACCAGCAGGCCAUCUAUCAUCUGUCGGAUCCGGAUCCAAGGAAAACACGGAGUAAUCUCUACCACCAGCACUCGGCCUCGUGUGGUUGGCUUUGUCAGUCCCGACAGGUCGACAACAGAAAGCCGUGUUGCGGAUCUCGGUAGCCCUCCAACGUUUGGUGCUAGUGAAUCGUCGAGCAGCACCGUUGUUGAAACCCAGAUGUCAGAUGGGUCUGUGCCUGCUGCCACACCUUUGAGCUCUGAGGUGACAAAUCUCAGUGAGUCGUUGAAGGUCAAGGUUUCUAAGAGGAAUCAAUCAAGCUCUGCAACACCUGAAGCAACAGAAACACGGUUAAAAAGUCCUGAACGAGCUUACUCAUCAACAGAACCUCUUGCCACGCACUUGAGCCCCGAGGUGGUAGAUCCUGUCGAAGUGUUGAAGCGUAAGGUUUCUAAACAAAGUAGGUCAAGCAUUGUGACUCCCGAAGCAUCUGUUGUGCAUUUUGAAAGCUCUGAAGCAACCCAUAUGUUAGAUGCUUCAUCACUUGCCACGCCUUCAAACUCUGAAAUGGCAGACUCGGGUGUUGCAUUGAGGCGGCCCAAGAGGUUGAGGAAGGGCCAAUCAAGCUCUGUGACACCUGAAGCACCUGUCACGCAGUCGGAAAGCUCUGAAGUUGUCCGUGCGGUGGACUCUUUGGAGUCUGCUGCCUCACCUUCAACCUCAGAGUUGGCAGAUCCUGGUGCUACUUUGAGGACGAAGUCGUCUAGAAAGGGCAAGUUGAGUGACAUGACCCCUGAAGCACCUGCCGUACAGUUAGAAGGCUCCAAAUCGGCUCCCGUGUCAGGUGCUUCAACAUCUCUUGCCACACAUUUGAGCUCUGAGUUGGCGGAUUCUGGCGCAGCUCUGAGGCGCCCCAGGAAGAGCAAGACGAGCACCGUGACACCUGAAGCACCUGAAGCAUCUGCUGUGCAUUUGGAAAGUGCUGAAGCCUCUUGUGCAUCGGAUGCCACAACACCCCUAGCCACACCUCUCAGCACCGAGGUGGUCGACUCUGGUGGGGCUGGGCAGCCCAAGAGUUCUUGGAAGAGCAAGUUAAGAACUGCAGCAUCUGACACACGUGAUGUGCAUUUAGAAAGCUGCAAAGCAGGUAACGUGCCAAGCACUCAUGAGUCGGACCCUACAACUCUAAGCUCCGAGGUGACAGAUCAUAGUGCGUCAUUGAAGGUCAAAAUUUCUAGGAGGAGCAAGUUAAGCAUCACAAAACCUGAAACACCUGCUGCACAUCUGGAAAGCUCUGAAGCAGCCCACAUGCCAAAUGCUCCUAACCCUGUUGCCACACCUUUGAGGUCUGACACAGAAGAUUCUGGUGUGGUGUUGAGGCCUAAGAGAACUAGGAAAAGCAAAUAUGGCAACGUCACAACUGAAGCACCUGGAACACAUUUGGAAAGCUCUCAAGUAGUCCAUGCGCCAGAUGCUCCACCAUCUUUUGCUGCACCCUCGAGCGCUGAGGUGGUAGAUUCUGGUACAGUGUUGAGGUCUAAGAGAUCCAGGAAGAGCAAGUCAAACAUCACGACACCUGAGACACCUUUGGAAAGCUCUCAAGCAAUCCCAACGCCAGACGUUGCAACAUCUGCCGUACCCUUGAGCUCCAAGGUGGCAGAUUCUGGUGCACUAUUAAGGCCUAAGAGUUCUAGGAAGAGCAAGUCAAACAUGGUGACAUCUGAAGCACCUGAAACACAGUUGGAAAGUUCCAAACCUAUGUUGAGCGAUGCACCUCCUACAGCGGUAGAGCCAAAGGUCCCUGAAGCUGCUACAUGUAGCUUGCCAAGCAGGAGAAACGUUCGGUCAGCUAGUGAUGUUGGGCCUAAAAGAACCAGGCGAGCCUCUACCUCCAGUCCUUGUAAACCAACUGAAUUCCCUGAACCCUUCACUAGUGGUCCUGCCAGCAUUGGGGACAUGCAUGACCACCAGCUGGUGCCCCUGAUGGGUGCCCAGGACGCAGCCCUAGGAACAUCACAAUCAAGCGGGGAUGUCGAUGCUAUUCAGGAGCCUGAAAAUGUGAUGCCAGUCUCGCAGCGGGGCCGACGUAGAAGAAUUGUGUCAUUGUGCUCCAGUUCGGACAGCCAAGAUGCAACAAACAUACCAUCAGACGACAGCACAGCACAUUCUGAAAAUGCAGUGCAAGCAACUACCAGGCAUACAAGACGCCAAGCAGCAAGCUCUAAACUAUCAUUGAGAGAUGUUAGUGCCACACGUUCAAGCAGCGCAGAGUCAGUCACAAGUACUAGUAGUUGUGAGGUGUUGUCGGGUGGGCUUACUGAGAUGAGUUUACCUAAACAGGAAAUUUUGAGCAAACAGGCUAGUGGGGUGGAAGAACCAAGCAGCUCGAAAGUAGUUGUAAGGCGCAUGCGUUCCAGAGGGAAUAGUUCCAGCGCAUCAUUGAGCCAUAGCACUGAAAGCACGAAUGCCAUGGCACCGGGUACCACUUCUACUGUGCAGGGAGGGGCUAAAACUGCGCCAUCUAAAGAAGCGAAAAGUCGCAGCUCAUCGAGAAUCUCUGCUAACAAGUUGGCUCUUAGAAGGAAGGUUCGUGAAGAAGACAACAAUGAAGGCAAGCCCGGUGCUCCUGAACAACAAAAUGAUAACUGCCUUGUUGCUGACACUUCAGGCAGCCGCUCACCAGUCUUUGAUGUUGGUGUUGCCUCUACAGCCACCACUGGCACGGUAACCUCCAAUGUUUCACCAUUUGAUAGCGCUUCCUGCAGCACAGGUGCAAGCUUUGCCAAGCUUGUCAGCAACCGCACCACGACUAGGCUAGUAAGUUCGGGCUUACAGGUGACGAGUAGCAGCACGCCCAACGAUGGGAUUCCCAAACCUGGUGCCCCUGAAGCAGUCGGCCCUCACGAACGCCCAGUGUCUAGCGCACCUAGGUUGGGCACACCGUCAAGCAAGCGGGAAGUGGGAGGUCUGCCGAUACGUUCGAGCAAACCGCGAAAGAAAGCAGCCCUUCCCGAAGCUCCCGACCCUCGAAUACAGGAACUGCUCGUCACCUAUGAGAGGCUUACUAUCACAACGCCUAGUGAGCUGUCGGGUGAUGACAGUGUUGGCAGCAAGCAGCCUGACGUGGCACAGCCAUCCCCAUCGUUUAACUUGCCUGAAGCAGCAGGAAGUGGCAACCCACCACAAACAUCUCCAUCAAGCAGUGGGACUGAUUCUGUUCAGAAAGAAGGCUCCCAAAGAUGUGAGAGUCACAGAGCGCCUGAAGCAGAGCACCUUAAAGGACUCUCAGAUAGCAGCAACCUUGUUGAUACAAAAGAAUCUGACAGUUCUAAGUCGGGUGCAUCAUCCAGUACGCGUGGAGCAGCUGAGGCCAGUGGUUUGAUGAAAGGUGCUGCUAAAGGAAUGGAAAACAGCCCUGAAUCUGUCCCAGAACCUGAACCUGUCCCAAACUGUGCAGUUAGUGAGCCAGAUGUGACAGACUCUGACAGACCAUCUAGCAGUGUGAAUACUGCAAACAAAGACUUUGUUGCCACCGGGGGGUUGGAAACUUCCUUACUGCACCCCAAACAGCGCCAGUGUGAUGAUACAGCUUCUGACGUCCUCCCUGUAAGUAGUGACAUUCCUAUUUCUGAGGUAACCAUGGCCGAACCAAACAUCGAGCUUGAAGCACCUGAAGAAGCAAAUGCGAGCUCAGCUGUUAGUAGUGAACUUGCAGCUGCAAAUGCUUCGACAAAUGCCAACUUUGAUGCAGGUUUAAAUGGACCCGUACCUGUUGGAUCUGUGCAAGGAAACAGCUCUGUUAUUUCUGUCAGCGAAGCAGAAAUUUCUGAACCAAUUGCUAAGCCUGGCGUUUCUGAUGUGGCUCGCAUCGAUGCCCCUGCAGAUGAAUUGCUGUUGAGCUCCAGCAGCAAGAAGUUGCUGAGAACCAGUCAGCCCAGCCCAUCGAGCAUAUCUAGUAAAGCAAGAAGAGAACCUCCUACUUCACCUGUGGGCAAUGGUUUUGACAACUCAAGCUCCAGCUCCAUUAAUACAGCUGUUGAGCACAGCAGAUUUCAUGUUACAAGUCCCAUCGAACAGAGUUCCUCUGAGAUAUUGGACAGCCACCAGGCUCUUCAGGAGUGCCCUGCUGCCGAUCUUGUGACGGAGUUAAACUGGUCCAUAGAGUCGGGCCAGAAAGCAACCGAAGGCUGCACUGAGAAAGCUACUGAUGCGGCUGGAACACCAGAACCGGUUCCCAUUCCUUGUGGGCAGAAGGGAAAUAAACUCUCAGUAGCAUCAAGUGAUGAUGUUCAACUAGAGGCUGAGUCAUCAUCCCAUAUAUGUGCUGACAGCGAGCAGGCUGCAGCCGACCAGGAAAGUGCCGCUGACUCCACGAAUUCGGCGGAGGUGUCAUCUGCCGAUGACGACUUCAUAUGCCUCAGCCCUGGUGGUGAUGAAGACUGGAUCCUACUUGAUGAGGUUAGGGACGACUCCAUAGAGCUGUUUCCAUCAUCUGAAGGGAGCAUUGCAGCAGAAGGCAAUGAAAGCUGCGGUGAUGAUACAAAUGUUGACAACAGCGUAUUGGCCUCUGAGGUGAACUGUGUUGAUGUUGAUGUUUGCAAGAAGGAGACUGGGGACAACAUUGGUGAUAUUGGCAAAACAGGCAAAGACAUCGUUGGUGCCAGUAGUGAAAAAAGUGUUCGUGACGAUGGGUCUUGGGUGGAUCCUGUCCAGCACAGUGGCAGAGAAAGUAGCAGCAAAAAAAGCAUCGCAAGGGUUUGCACAGAAAGCUGUACUGGCAACAACUGUGACGCCAACUGUGGAAGCUGUGAUGGAAAUGUGAAAAGUGUUGAUGGUGCCUCUAGUGUCACUGGUGAUAACUGUGUUGUAGACAGUGGUGGUGAAAGUUGUUCAGAGGCUGCAAGCAGUAUGGAACACUUCGAAAUUUCUAGCGAAACCCUAGCAAAUAAUAGCUGUGAGGAAAUUCUUCGCAACUUUGGCAGUGACAGUAGUAUGAUAGAUGUUGGCAGUGAAAGUUUCUUGGACCCCACUGGUAGUGAUAAAUGUAUGGAGGAGAUGGCCAAGGAAGAUUGUGCCAACAUUACUUCUGCAGAUCUUGUUCAGGACUUUGGCAGUGAAAAUUGUGUUGGUGACAUCGGAAGCGAAGGUGUAGAAUUCAUUGCAAGUGAAAACUUUAUCGAAGAUAUUGGCUCUGAAGAAAGCAUGGAGCUGUUUAGCGGGACUGACUCUGAGUCCAAGCAGCACAAGAAAGCAGCUGCAGUUGGUGAAAGCAGUGAUUCAAGGCAACACGAAGACACCAGUGCCAUGGUGGCUGCUGCAAAAUCUUUACGAGUGGUGCUUGAAAGACUGGAUGAUAUUGAUGCACGCAGUGCCAUUGGAAUGUUGUACUGUAAGGCCAAGAAGGCUUUAAAGUAUAACAGGGCCCCUUGCAAAGUAGUCGAAAUCGCCGAAAACAAGCCUGAGAGGAGGCCUGAGAAUUUGCAAGCUGAGCACGCUGGCACAGAAAAGAAAGACAGAACCGUUGGCCGAUCUACAGCAAGCAAGUCGCCUGUCUUUCAUCGGCAGACAUUGAGACCUUCCAAGUCUCUGCACAGAGACACUAGAGAACCUAGUAGUCAAAGAGGACCGAGUGAUCCACAAGCCCAGCACCGAAGCCCACGGGAGCAAGAUAGCAGUGUCCAACCUGUUUCGGCAGAAAAGGCACCUAAUUCCAACCAAAAGACCUUCAAAUCUUCCAAAACUUCUCACAAAGGUCUCUCAGAUUCUGGAAACCAACAUUCCUCGGGUGAGCCGCAGGCUCAACAUGUUAACGCUCAGGAACAGGAUGGAAGUGUUGCACCUUUUUCAGAGGAUAAGCCAUCUUUCGUUAAGCAGGCAUCAAAAUCCUCCAAGUCGUUACACAAAGAUCACAGGGACACUCGCAUCCAACAUUUGGAGAAAUCGGCUGAUGGAUCGAAGGCUAAGCCUACAGGUGCAAGAAAGAAAGACCGAAGUGCUAAUCGUCUCUCAGUGGAUAAGUCAUCCAACGGCCACCAGAACGUCUCGAAUGCUUCCAAGUCUUCUAGCCAGGAUGUCAAGGUUGCCAAGAACAAGGACAGUGAUGCCAGUACCAGCAAACGAGAAGCACAGCAUGCUGUUGUAGAAAAGCAAAAGGUACGUGUUGCUCACUCUUCAUUGGAGAGAUCCUCGAGCCGUGACCAAGAGGCUUUGAAAUCUUCCAAAACUUCCCACCGAGCUUUCAAGGUUGCCAAGAACAAAGACAGUGCUGCCAGUGCCAGCAAAGCAGAAGUACAGCAGCCCUUCAAGGUUACCAAGAAUAAGGACAGUGCUGCCAGUUCCAGAAAAGCAGAAGCACAGCAGCCAGGCACAGAGAAGCAAGGGGACGGUUUUGACCAUUCUUCAGUGAAAGAGUCACCAUGCCAUGACCAGGAGGCUUCAAAGUUUUCCAAGACUUCUCACCGGGCCUUCAAGGUUACCAAGAAUAAGGACAGUGCUGCCAGUUCCAGAAAAGCAGAAUCACAGCAGCUGGGUACAGAGAAGCAAGGGGACGGUGUUGCUCACUCUUCAUUGGAGAGAUCCUCGAGCCGUGACCAAGAGGCUUUGAAAUCUUCCAAAACUUCCCACCGAACUUUCACAGUUGCCAAGAACAAAGACAGUGCUGCCAGCGCCAGCAAAGCAGAAGUACAGCAGCCGGGUACAGAGAAGCGAGGGGACAGUGUUGAUCAUUCUUCAGUGGAAGAGUCACCAUGCCUCGACCAGGAGGCUUCAAAGUCUUCCAAGACUUCUCACCGGGCCUUCAAGGUUAUCAAGAAUAAGGACAGUGCUGCCAGUUCUAGAAAAGCAGAAGCACAGCAGCCAGGUACAGAGAAGCAAGGGGACUGUGUUGACCAUUCUUCAGUGGAAGAGUCACCAUGCCAUGACCAGGAGGCUUCAAAGUCUUCCAAGGCUUCCCACCGGGCCUUCAAUGUUACCAAGAAUAAGGACAGUGCUGCCAGUUCCAGAAAAGCAGAAGCACAGCAGCCAGGUACAGAGAAGCAAGGGGACUGUGUUGACCAUUCUUCAGUGGAAGAGUCACCAUGCCUUGACCAGGAGGCUUCAAAGUCUUCCAAGACUUCUCACCGGGCCUUCAAGGUUAUCAAGAAUAAGGACAGUGCUGCCAGUUCCAGAAAAGCAGAAGCACAGCAGCCAGGUACAGAGAAGCAAGGGGACUGUGUUGACCAUUCUUCAGUGGAAGAGUCACCAUGCCAUGACCAGGAGGCUUCAAAGUCUUCCAAGGCUUCCCACCGGGCCUUCAAUGUUACCAAGAAUAAGGACAGUGCUGCCAGUUCCAGAAAAGCAGAAGCACAGCAGCCGGGUACAGAGAAGCAAGGGGAGGGUUUUGACCAUUCUUCAGUGGAAGAGUCAUCGUGCCAUGACCAGGAGGCUUCAAAAUCUUCCAAAACUUUCCAUGGGGCUUUCAAGGUUUCUAAGAACAAAGACAGUCCUGCCAGUCCCAACAAGGCAGAAGCACAGCAGCUGGGUCCUGAGAAGCAAGGGGACAUUGUUGACCAUUCUUCAGCAAAAGAGCCACCAUGCCAUGACCAGGAGGCCUUGAAGUUCCCCAAGGCUUCCUGCUGGAAUUUCAACAUUGACAAGAACAAGGGCAGUCCUGCGAGUCUCAACAAAGCUGAAGCACAACAAGCAGUCGCGGAAAAGCAACGGGACAGUGUUGACCCUUUUUCAUUCGAAAGGUCACAGAGCCAAGACCAGGAGCUCUUGAAGUCUUUGAAGACUUCCCACCAAGAUUUCAAGGUUACCGAGAACAAGGACAGUCACACCAGUCCUAACAAAGCAGAGGCACAGCAAGCAGUAACAGAAAAGCAAGGAAAUGAUGUUGGCCCUUUUUCAUUGGAAAAGUCUUCAAGCCAGGAUCAGCGGGCCUCAAGGUCUUCCAGCCCUUUAAACAAGGGUGUUCCAACCUUCCACAACCAGAUACCAGUGUGUGAGAACCGUGAGCUGAGGCCUGGUAACAUAGAGGACCAAAAAGCGGGAGGUGACCUUCAACAAGAUGAAUGUGCUGAGCCUCUUCAAAUUGCGAGGUCGGAGCCAUUGCCUCCAACCGACAUGGGCAAGGUGCCUGGUCUGCUAGACCAAGUCCUUGAUCUAGGUGAGCUUCCUGAUGCCAUCAAGUGCCUUCUGGACUCCGAAGUUCCGCUCCCUGAAUUGGAUGCUGAUUGCUUCAGCUUACCACCCGACUCUACACGGUGGCUUUCUGAAGAUGGUGUGGUUGAAAAGCGGAAACCCGAUGAACGCCCGCAAAACAAGGAGGAUCAGACACCAUUCUGCCCUUCGAGCGACAUUGUGCUUGGAGAUUUGACCAAAGCUUGCUCGCUCACGAAUGAAGGCCUCGUUGCUCUUGUACCGGCUGUGCCCCCGCCUACCUGUGGCCCACAUUUCAACAGCUCGAAUACUCCUCGAGCCCGCAAGAAGUGCCUGAGGGGCCUGGCCCACUGGCAGAAGACUAAGCUGGAAGCGUUUGCGCGUGACUCGUGCUUCGAGGUGGACUUUGAACACAAUCCCGAACUGCGCAUUGCCUUCUGUCGUGACCGCAGUGUGGUCCUGACUCCCGCUCGGUCUGCACCGACGGUCGCUUUGCUGGCACCGACCCAUCAGCGACCACCGCCCAGCCCAGAUGACGAUGCUGUGAGCAUCCGUGAGCUGCCACCAUUGGACGCAUCGCCCGACCCAUCCAUGCUUUUGGUGUCCCCACCAAGCACGCCCCCACGACACGAGACGAGCACGUCACAACUGGACGGACCGUCAGGCCGCUUUGCCCUCAGUGGAGCCAGGUUACCUGCAGACACGGAGCGAGUGCUGACAGUGCUAAGCGUAGAGGUGCACGUGCGGACACGGAGCGACCUCAGACCCGACCCCGCACACGACCCCGUGCAAUGUGUGCUCUGGUGCGCACGUGGCUAUGGUGUGGAUGCGCCGCUAGAGGCGGGUGCGAUGCACUGGGGCACCGUCAAUAGCGAUCCCCGGCAAGCGGACAUCGAAGACCUUGCGGGAACCUCUCUGCACCGUACGGGAGUGGCUACACCUUCGCUGCGCACCCAGGUUGUGCGCUCGGAGCUGGAUCUCCUCCAUGCGGUGAUCGACCUGGUGCACAGGUGA